AGGGUUACGAUAACCCUAACCCUAAUCUUUCUCGUUCAUUUGAUUUCUGUUAACUAUUGUGUUAUGCUUUAUUUUCCACUUGUUUAUUAUUUUUUCUGAAAUUAGUUACUGUUUGUGGUUUAUUGUAGCAAUCGAUUAUUGGCGGCUUUUCUUGGAACUCUUGAAUCCGUUGCUUUACAUUGGAACACAACAGAUAGAGUCUACUCCUCAAAUUGUGAUUGAUAUGGAGCCGGAUAGACUUAGUUCGUUACCGGAUCUUAUAAUAGAAAAGAUACUGUCCUACAUUCCAAUUAAGGAAGCAGUUGGAACAAGUGUUUUAUCCCAUAAAUGGAUCAACAAAUGGUGCACACUACCAAGUCUUGUAUUUGAUACAGAUUGUUUCUCAAUUAAAGCAUCUGAAGACCCUUCAAUUUUCAGUAAGAAGUUUGUGAAAAUGGUUGAUCAUGUACUUUUAGUUCAUUAUGGACCAGUCAAGGUAUUCAAGAUUUGCGACUACAAAUUUAAUCGUCUGAGUCUUAAAACUGAUGUUGUUGAUCGAUGGAUUCUUCAUCUAACAAGAAGGUCUAUUCAAGAGCUUGUGCUGGAAGUUUGGAUAGAUAAAAAAUAUCAAAUACCUCGGUGCUUAUUCUCUUGUCAAGGCUUACGUUGUUUAGAGUUAUAUUGGUGUUGGCUUAAACCUCCAACAAAGUUUGAAGGUUUCAAGAACUUGAAAAGUCUUGGUUUGUAUGAUGUUACUAUAUCUCAAGAUGAUUUUGAAAACCUGAUAUUUAGCUGCUCUUUGCUGGAAAGUUUGACAUUGAUGAAGGUUAACGGUGUCUCCCGCAUUAAUAUCCAUGCACCAAAUCUUAAAGAGUUGAACAUUUCAGAUGAAUUUGAGGAUAUUAACUUUGACAUUGCUUGUCAAUUAACUUCUGUAUUUGUUGAUUUACAUUUGUAUUUCAACUCUGAAAAUAAUCAAAGUAGAUGGCAUGGUGGAGGUUCUAGCAAUUUCCUCAAAUUUUUCAAUCAUCUACCUCACACAAAGGGCCUAGCUAUUGAUAAUUAUUUUUUAAAGUAUUUGGCUGCAGGUGUUGUGCCAGUAAAACUUCCUACUCCAUGUAUCAAUCUACUUGCUCUUUCUUUAUUCAUAAACUUUGAUGAUUUAAAGGAAAUUUCGGCUGCUCUUUGCCUGCUCAGAAGCUCACCUACUCUUAAAUCAUUAACAUUAUAUGCACGGAUUGAGCAGCAUUCCGCCCCCCCUCUGACACCUAUAAGUGAAAACUAUUGCUGGGAAGAUACAUUUUCCAAGCCAGACACACCCAUCCAAGUGCGGCACGUGAGAAUGAAUAACAUCUCUGGAUUCCAACCUGAACUAGAAUUUAUCAGAUUUCUGGUUCUCUAUUCGCCUGUGCUAGAAAAAAUUAUUGUGGAGCGUAAUCUAAAUGUCGGAACGAAUUUGUUUACUGAAAUAAUUGAGUACAUACUUCAGUUCAAAAGUGCAUCAGAAAUACAAGUUAUUAUCAACCAGAAAGACUCCUCCUGCGUUUGUAUUCUCUUCAAAUCAUCUAAGUUCUUCAAAAGUGCGCAUCAGAACUAGAGUAAAUUUUUUAAUUAAGUGUGAAAUCAUGAUUGAUUAAUAUUGAAAUUAUUUAGUGUUUUUCAAACUCUUUCAA